AUGCCUGCAAAGAGCGACUCCAUAGUCAGGCGACUCCAUAGUCAACAAAUAGAGGGCCCAGUGACACCUUUCAGAGACAAUAAUGCCAGUUUUGUGAAACAGGUACAAGAUUCAAAAUGCACCUCCUCCCAGCCCCUUGCUCUACACCUUAUUGGAGAACAUGAUGUAAAUAAUGUUGAUAUCCAACAUUUAAAUGGAUAUUCCUACAGAUGUCUUGGAGGGAAUCACCAAAGGUUAGCAGCUGUUGAAAACCAUGAGCUGUACCCCCAUAUGCCACAGUUUCUUGGUAUGCCUUCACACAUCUUUGUAAAUCUUUCAACUGAAGAGGAGAUUUUUGUUGCCAAUAAUCACAACAUCAUUGGGCAUUACAUCCACAAGAUUUCACACAAGGAUAUGGUAAAAGUGUUUAGGAGUGUUAAACCCACCCUCAUUGAUGUGACCUCAAAGAGAUGCGAAAACACAAAAGAAUGGAGGGAAAAGUGCCAGCAGCAUCUCUCUCCUGGAAAGGAGAUAUCAAGCUACCAAUCCAUCUUUUGGAUCGCUUGUUCCAGUGAGGCGGUAUACAAGCAAUGCGUAUUGGUGUUUGACCUCCACGAACAAGGGAAGUUAAAGAACCAAAAAAAAAAAAAUAUCAAGAAAAACGAAUCCAUCUCUACUCCCUCCCUAAAUGUGACCAGGCCCUGGAGAGCUUUAAUGACUCUACCAGAGGAGACAAUCCUGGAAAUGCUAGUAAAGGUCACCAAUUUAGAGUAUGAUUUGGAAGAAAUGACAAAGGAGGCUGAAUAUCUAAAGGGGACAAGGAACAUCCAAGUGGCUGUAUGCAAACUUUCAAAAAUGCCCCGGGAGAAGACUUUGAAUAAGUUUUGGACUAAUGAGGAUGAGGCAGAGGAACAGCUCAGUCAGUUUAUAGGAGAUGUGAAAAGAGGUGUUCCUGGAGAGAGGCUGAGACAAUUCAUGGAGAGCAAAGAAAAAGAUCCAGGGCAGAAAUCAACACCCAUGGCUUUCCAGGAGGAUCCCCUGACAUUUUUGAAGGCCGGGAGAGUGGAAAACACUGUCGACAUAACAGUUUUUAACGAGGAAAUAUCUGAUCGGCAACCAUUACUCCGCGUAUGUGUGGAUCUUCCUUCUCUGAAGGAGGACCACACAUUCAUAAUUUCCACAUCAUGGAGCGGAGUCAGCGACACCAAAAAGGCCAUGGAACUAAUGUACUCCAACAAAGGCACAACCGUUGUUGUAUAUUACAACAAAAAGAGUAACUGCAUCCAGCCCUUUGUAUGUCUUUCUUCUAGCAAGAGUAAGGUAAAAACUUUGACAACAUUGGUAGAAGGGCCCACAAAGACAACCUUCUUCGAAAAGUUAUUUUCCCAGGUCAACAAAAAGGGAAAUAUCCUUGUUCUGCACUGUGGAAAAGGAGAAGCCCUACAAUAA